AUGAAGCCUUUUCUCUUGGCCAGUAUUGCACUGUUUCAGUGGAUUCCCGGGUCACUAGGAGUCCCAGGUCACAAGUCACACGACGCAACGCCUUUUGCUACUGUCAAAAAUGGCACCUAUCGAGGAAUUCACUCAAACGAGUAUAGUCAAGACUUUUUCUUAGGCAUUCCUUUUGCUGAGCCUCCCGUCGGCGACCUGCGAUUCCGAAACCCUCGAUCGUACGACAAGUCUUGGAAAGGAACCCGUGAUGCGAACAAGUACUCUCCUGCUUGUGUGGGCUAUGGACCAUCGCAGCUGGGUUACAAUACGAGUGAAGAUUGUUUGUAUCUUAACGUUAUACGACCCUCGGGGUACUCCAACAAGAAACUUCCGGUGGCCGUAUGGAUUCACGGCGGAGGUUACUUCCAAGGCAGUGGCGUAGACCUCCGCUACAACCUCACCUUUAUUGUCGAACAAUCCGUCAAACUCGGCCAUCCCAUCAUCGCAGUCAGCAUGAACUAUCGGCUUGGCGCAUUUGGCUUUCUCAACUCAGCCGAAGCUUUCGAGACUGGCGACUCAAACAUGGGCUUUCGCGACCAGAGGUUAUCUUUGCAUUGGAUCCAUGAGAACAUUGCAGCCUUUGGAGGUGACCCGUCUAAGGUGACCAUCUGGGGCCAGAGCGCUGGUGCUGCGUCUGUUGGUGCUCAGAUUCUGGCCUAUAACGGUCGUGAUGACAAGCUGUUCCGCUCAGCUAUCCUGCAGAGCGGCGCACCCAUCUCCCUUGCAUCUCAAUCUGACCUAUCGGAGGAUUUGUACAACUUACUUCUCAAGAACACCAGCUGUAGCUCGCUCGAAUGUCUGCGGUCUCUUCCAUUCGUUGAUCUCAAUAAAGCACUCAAUAGUACCGCCCUUUCCGGGUGGAAUCCAAAGAUAGAUGGAGACUUCGUGGCCCGACACUCUUCCCAGCAGUUGAAAGACGGCGCUUUCGUUAAGGUUCCAAUCAUUGUCGGGGCGACCACCGACGAAGGCACAAGCUUCUCAAAGUUGGGAAUCAACACAACUGCGCAGUUCAUCGCAGCCAUAGAGAACUCUUCUCCACCUAUCAACAUCUCUUUUGCUCGCACAAUUGCUAAAGCAUAUCCGGAACGAAGCCAGGACCAGGUCCUUCACAAUCUUGCGUCUGACUGGGUACCCCCUCCAAAUUAUGGUAAACAGUUCCGAAGAGCGGCGACUUACUACGGGGAUGUCAAUAUGGUGGCAUCGAGAAGACUGACUGCCGAGGUUUGGGCAGGCAAGGGGCUGCCUGUUUACUCAUAUCGAUUUGACGCGAUUCCAGCAUGGGCUACCUAUGUCCAGGGAGCAACCCACUUCGUCGAUGUGGCAUUCUCCAUGAUAAACCUCAACGGCACAGGCUACGCACCAAUACGCACACCGCCUUUUCUCGGUUUACCGGAGUCAUACAGAGAUCUUGCAAGGCUCAUGUCUGGCGAUUUUGCCAAGUUUGUGGCAACUGGAGAUCCGAACGGUUGGAAGGGUCGAAAAGAUGCCAUGAUAAGUCUAGGCAAGGCAAUUCCUGCUUGGCCAAUUUACAAGACGACGGGUCAUGGCUUUCCGCAGAAUUUUGUAUACCAAGGAAACCUUAGUAGCACGGUCGAAAAGGAUAUUUGGAGGAGGAAGUCAAUUGCGCUUCUCAAUUCGGUUAAUCUGGAUGUUUAUGAUCGGUAG